ACGACAGUAGCACACUUUACGGCAGUUAUUUCUUGCUCUGCAGAAGAGCCGCUGCCAGAAACUUGAAGCCACAAAGCGCAAGCUGAUGGAAAACACAGAGCGGCAUGAAAGUGACUGACGCUGUGGCCGAGAAAGCUGAGCAAUGGCGGUCAGUGAGGAAAAUGAGGAAGAGGUUCCAAUGAGUCGUAGUUUCUCAGUAGAAGACCUCCUUGAUGAGGUGGAGAAGAUCUGCUAUGAUGCGUCAGGGACAUCAAAGGUGGAGAUGGUGGUGAGGCUGUGGAAGGACGGCUUUACCAUUAACGACGGAGACUUCCGCAGCUACUCCGUGCCAGAAAAUCAAGAUUUCCUGGAUGCCAUCAAAAGAGGGGAGCUUCCAGCGGAGUGGGAGAGCAGAGCAGAGGAAGAGGAGCUGGAGAUCAGUGUGGAGGAUAUGACUGAGGAAAGCUAUGUCCCCAAGAAGAAGGCUUUUCACCCUUUCAGCGGGAGAGGAUACCGACUUGGCAGCGUUGCACCCAGAGUUGUGGCCCGGUCACCAUCUGUGCACGAGGACGGAGAAUCUCCUCCUAUUCCCAUGGUAACACUAGACCACUCCCUUCCUGUCACCUCUCUGCAGAUCUGGUUGGCUGACGGCAGGAGACUGGUACAGAGGUUUAACCUAUCGCAUAGGAUCUCCGAUGUCCAGGAUUUCGUCGCCCGCUGCCAGAGGAGCUGUCCACCUUUCGUCCUGACGACAUCACUUCCUUUCCGUGAGCUCAGCGACAAAGAAUUGAGUCUCGAGGAGGCGGAUUUGGCUCACGCCGUCAUCGUCCAGAGACCCUUGAACACACAGGCUCUGUUUGGACACUCCUGACCGACAGUCCCAUACCUCACACAGCAUGCUACCUUCCCCCCUUCUCUUCAUAGACACGUCGUCUUUUUUUUUUUGCAUAUAGCAACCUUAAGGCACCCUACGCCUUGAAGUAUUUUAAUCUUCACUGUGCACUUUGAACUGCACUUUGUUGUCAAUAAGCUAAAGGUGAUAUUCUCACCAGAUUA